AUGAGAGGCGCCCAAAGGUCUUCUACGGAGAGUACAACGAGCGUCGUCUGGGUUCCGGAGGUGGCGGCGGAGGUGGCGGCGGAGGUGGCGGCGGAGGUGGCGGCGGAGGUGGCGGAGGAGGUGCCGGAGGAGGUGGCGGCGGAGGUGGCGGCGGAGGUGGCGGCGGAGGUGGCGGCGGAGGUGGCGGAGGAGGUGCUGGGCCCGACUGUCGGGCACCGGGUCUGCUGCGGCCUUUCUGACGGCCGCCCGUCUUAUAACCCGUACAGCGCCAUGUGCGCCCGGGCACAGACAUACAUGCGUACCUACAAGUAG